CGCUAGUUACAUGGUCGACGCCCCGGCAGAUCUGGACUUCGGGGCCAGGCUGGACAACGGCUCCUUAACCGGGCUAAUUGGGAUGCUCAACCGGUCGGAGGCGGACAUGUCGAUAGUGCCGAUGUCUGUCAGCUACCUUCGCUCCCAGGCCGUUGAUUUUAGCGAAUUUCUCAUCGUCGACGAGCACCGACUGGUGUUCAGGAGGCCGACUCCCGAAGCAGAUGUCGCUGCCUUCGUCAAACCUUUUACCAUGACGCUCUGGCUCGCAGUGUUCCUGAGUACCUUGUUGGUGUGCGCCGCCGUCUUCUUCGCCGAGUGCAGCGUCUCCUACGUGUUACGGAGCGACGGCAAGGCCAAGAUAACCACCGAGAUUUCCAGAUCCGACCCGAAGACCCGUGGUAUUUCAGCGCAACUUCAGCACUCGGUUCUCUGGGCGGUGUCGAGUCUCUUCGCUCAGGCCGUGCCAUGGGAGCCACGCAACGUGCCCGUGCGGGUGGUGACGGGCAUGUGGCUCCUGGCGACUCUCAUCGUUGGCACUGUGUACCGCUCCAACCUGAAGGCCAUGCUCAUCCUGCCGAAGGUGGUCCUUCCCUUCGACACCUUCGAGGAAUUCGCCAAGGUGGAUCUUCCUGGUCAUAUCAUCUUGGGAGGAGUGCUCGAUGUCGCUUCGCGGGGCGCUGAUCCGAACAGCAUCCUUGGGGAAGAUCCGAGCGAAGUCACGAAUCGACCCGGACAUCAGCGCAGCAAUCAGGGAUGUCAUUGACGGAAAGCUCGCCAGCACAGCCUCUGCUUCUGGACUGACGUGGCUGCAUCACAGCGAUUUCUCGGCUGUAAGAUCAUCAUCACAUGCUGUGUUACGGUUAUUGAGAACAGCUUUGACGAUAUUUGCAAGACUGGGAACAGAUAGGAUUUUUAAUGUUCAUAAUGUCAAAGAAGAAUGUGUGUUGUGGUAACUGAGGUAAACUGAUUUACGACGAUGAUGAAAAAUGUAAGAAUGGUGAUGAAUAAAACAAUGAUGUU